AGAAUAUACACAGGUACAACUGGAUCUAUUUCUAAAUCUAAGUCCCAAAACCGAAACCGUCGAUGUGAUAUAAGAUCCGGAUUGCAAGACGACAAAACAAAAAAUUUCACAAAUGUCAACCACAGAAAAUAAAGACUCAUCUUUUGAGCUAAAAUCAGCUGACAAUGCACAGUUUUCAAACAAGUGCAAAAAUAUUUUUGGAAACCUUGAAAAACUUGAAAAAAAUCAUAAAGAGCAUGAGAAGUCUAGACCAGAUGAGGAAGACAGGAAUGUUCUGAAAUCCGAUCCACAGGAUGCUGACAUGGAGACAAUCACUUCAGCCUUCAAAGCACCACAACCAGGAAGCUGUACACACAGAGGAGGUAGGCCUUGGAGAAGGCAAUGUGACAGAGCAGAUCAGAGGGAUGGAGGACCCCCACCCUGGAGAGGAAGAACGGGACAGCUGAGAGAUGGUAGGGAAAGCGAUAGUCUCCGAAGAGAGCAUCAGCGUCGGAAAUUUAGUGGGGAAAGAAGAGGGCAUCCUUAUUAUAAUCACAAGGGAAAUAGACGUCAAAGCACUCCAAAUUAUAAAGUUAAUCCAGAGAAGUGGACCAGAUAUUCCCUGGAGGAUGUAGGGAAUGAGGAUAUGUCAGAAUCAUCUAAUACCAGGGCAGCUUUCGCUUUCCUGGAGGAGCGACGGAAAUUAAGAGAGGGUGAAAUGAAAGUUGAGGCAGUGAAUACAGAAGACACUUCCUGUUCAAGAGGAGUCUUUACUUUCAGAAAACCGGUUAAGAGGGACAUAAAGAAAGACAACACAAAAAUGUCUUCAAAUAGUGUGGUUCAGUUAUCAGAUUCAAAUGAUGAUUGUAAAGAUGAACAAGAAAGUGCUGACUUGGUAGGAAAUCCAGAGAAAAUUGAAAAUGAAAAAGUGACAUUUAAGUCUGUUAAAAAAUCCAAGAGAAGCAUCAGAAGCCGUGACCAUGCAGAUGAUUGACAUAUUGCAAAGUACAAGUAAAUUUAUUUCAAACAUGAA